UCUGGGGCGUGGCGGCUUGGCCCUCCCACGGCUCGGCCCACGGAGUGAUGCCACAGAGGCCGCCUACGGCCCGCGGCUCCGCAGACCCGCGUCCGCACCCUGCGUGGCCGCUAGAUGGCGCACCCAGAAGCCCACUCUAAAUCGGCCAAACACGGUGAUGAAGUUGUCAGAAUAACUGCGUAAUAACUGCAAGACAAAGCUCAAUUUUGAAUUCCAGGGACUCAUGGCCGAUAGCAUCAAGUUGUCAGCUGAUGUCAAACCAUUUGUCCCUAAGUUUGCUGGGCUCAAUGUGGCAUGGUCAGAGUCCUCAGAAGCGUGUGUCUUCCCUGGCUGCGCAGCCACUUACUAUCCAUUUGUGCAGGAAUCACCGGCAACUGAACAAAAAGUUUAUCCUGAAGACAUGGCCUUUGGAGCCCCUGCAUUUCCAGCGCAGUAUGUAUCUUCUGAGCUCUCCCUGCAUCCAUUUGCCUGUUCCACUUAUGCCCUUGAGUCUGCACAGAGUGCUUGCUCAGUGCCAGCCCUGCAGUGUGAUUACAGCCAAGCACAGUGCCACCCGGGCUUUCGGACAGCAAAGCCCCAAAAUGAGCACAUGUGCCCUCCUCAGGACACAAAAGGUGUAUUGAAGAAAAAAUCCUCUGAUGAGAGAAGAACAUGUGAUGCGCAAAAGUCAAACAGCAGAAGGGCUGAUGGCGCGGUGCCAUCCGAGAUGAGACCAGCUAGAGGUUCCUGUCACCUUUCCGCUCGCACCGAGGGUGGUUUGAAAUCAGAGGGUUGCCACAAACGAACAGACCGGAAGUCCAGAGUCCUUGAAAAAACUACGUCUGCCUCCAAACCUGAAUUUGAAUUUAGCAGGUUGGACUUUCCUGAACUGCAGAGUCCAAAGAACAGUAACGUGCCAGAGACACAGAAGCAGCCCAGGUGGGGGCCUCUUGGCUCAGCUGCCAGUAAUAUGCCUCUCCUGGGAGAAGUAGGCAAGCCAGCUGCGGAGAUGGUAGAGGGUGAGAUGGUGACGAGCAGUCCCACAGAUGGAGCUGCAGCUGACAACGCUGCCACCAGUUCCCCAUGUGCACGAGCAGAGUUAUCUUGGACACCAAUGGGUUAUAUUGUUCGGCAGACAGUGUCUUCAGGAUCAGCAGCAGCAACUGGAAACAUUGCUUCUGUAAUAAGCCUGAAGAAGACUGCUUCAUCACCGGAUGCUAAGCAUGUUAGUGUGACAUCUGAGGCUUUGUCAGAUCCUUCCUACAGCAGGGAGAAGUGUGUUCAUCCUACUGCAGAGGCCAGAGCAUCACAAGGAGGUGAACGUGAACAAAAUGAAACCUCAAGAAAGAAUAAGAAAAAGAAAGACAAGUCUAAAUCAAGCUAUGAAGUCCUGGCAGUUCAGGAGCCCCCAAGGAUUGAAGAUGCUGAGGAAUUCCCCAACCUGUCAGCUGCGUCUGAGAGAAGACACCGAGUCGAGUCCCCGAAACUUCAGAGUAAACAGCAGACGCAGAAUGAUUUUAAAACUGGUGGAAAGAAGAGCCAGAUUCCAGUGCAGCUGGACCUGGGAGGCAUGCUGGCAGCGCUGGAGAAGCAGCAGCAUGCCCCACAUGCCAAGCCGUCCUCCAGACCUGUGGUGUUCUCAGUUGGAGCAGUGCCGGUCCUUUCCAAGGACGCCUCCUCAGGUGAGAGGGGCCGCCGCUCCAGUCAGGUGAAGACCCCACACAACCCCUUGGACUCCAGUGCCCCCCUGAUAAAGAAGGGGAAGCAGAGGGAGAUCCCUAAGGCCAAGAAGCCCACCUCGCUGAAGAAGAUAAUUUUAAAAGAACGGCAAGAGAGACUGCAGCAGCGACUCCAGGAAAGUGCGGUGAGCCUGGCUGUGGCCAGUGAUGAUGCACAGAAUAUAGAGAAUGGCGCCAGUGACCAAGCUGCCAAGCAGCUUCACCCUGCAGGUUCAGAAAAAACAGAAGAAUCAGUAUCUUCUACACCUGUGAUUGAGGGUGAGUCAGAAGAGCCAACUGCCACGGAGUUCCAGAGGGACCCAGAGGCCUGCCAGCCCGCCCCUGGCAGUGCCACCUUCCCCAAGAUCCACAGCCGGAGGUUCCGGGACUACUGCAGCCAGAUGCUUAGUAAAGAAGUAGAUGCUUGUGUCACGGGGCUGCUCAAGGAACUGGUACGCUUCCAAGACCGGAUGUACCAGAAAGAUCCUGUCAAGGCCAAGACCAAACGCCGGCUCGUUUUGGGACUGAGGGAAGUCCUGAAGCACCUGAAGCUCAGGAAGCUGAAGUGCAUCAUCAUCUCUCCCAACUGUGAGAAGACACAGUCCAAAGGUGGACUGGACGACACGCUGCACACUAUCAUAGAUUGCGCCUGUGAGCAAAACAUCCCCUUUGUGUUUGCACUUAACCGCAAGGCUCUAGGACGUAGUCUGAACAAAGCAGUUCCUGUCAGCAUCGUGGGGAUCUUCAGCUACGAUGGGGCCCAGGACCAGUUCCACAAGAUGGUUGAGCUGACCAUGGCGGCCCGGCAAGCAUACAAGACCAUGUUGGAGACGGUGCGGCAGGAACUGGCAGGACAGCCUGGGCCUCAGACCCCUCCUAACCCACCCAUACAGGACCCCAUCCAGUCCACUGAUGAAGGCGCCCUCGCCUCCACUGGAAAAGAACCACACUAUAUUGAGAUCUGGAGAAAGCAUCUGGAAGCAUACAGUCAGCGUGCCCUGGAGCUGGAAGACUCCCUGGAGGCCUCAACCUCUCAGAUGAUGAACUUGAAUUUAUAAGAAGAGUUCUUGCCUGUGUGUCUGUGUAUUGGGUAAGGAUGGGGGAGGCAGGAGAAAGACGUCCUUCUCAAUUCUUUACUGACCCAGUGUAGUUUAUGUGACUGUAGGGUUGGAAAUUCACUGGCCUAAGGGCAGAGGAAGCAGCUGGUGUAGCUCUUUGAGUCCAGCAGGUGGACACAGAUACACUCGAGAGCCUUGCCUAAGAGCCGGUGAUUCAGCUUUGGUUCCCUCUUCACACUGGACCUGGAAAAUGCUGGAGACCGUGGUCCUGGGUACUGUGGCUGCCUAGGAAACACUCCAUUACAGAGCCACUGAACAGUGACGGGGAGGUGGAACAGGGGCUGUGCUCCUGUGGGGACUAUGGAGAGCCCUUCUCAGGGGUCGGAGCCCUGCCACUUUGUGCUGCCAAGGAUUUGCUAAAAUGAGCCUCAGAAGAAAUUAGUUUCUAACAUGACUUUUUGACAUAAAUUAAUCCUUUUAGUUUUUAUUUUCCAAAGAAGCAGUAUAUAUGAAAUUUGUAGAUUUCAGUUUGGAUUCUACAGAUCUUUUUAAUGACCGUAUGAUGAAUGUGGUUUCUGUCUUAAAGGACAGAGCUUGCUUGCAUAUUUUCUCUGCAAGUGAGAGGGCUAUUUAUUUUGAAUAAAGAGUGAUUAUUUAAUUUCA